ACCUCUUAGGGCGGGGUGAGGACAUUCCAGCUCUCCUCUGGCCCCCAGCUGGGAGUCUGGCCCGCGCAGAUGCGCACGCGGCAGUGCACCACACCUGCUCGGGUCUUCAACAGCAGCUGUGAGCCCGAGACUUCCCCACUUAGGGAGGGCGACCCACACCUGCUGCGGCGUGCCCCAUCUUACAGCUGCGGGAUUGAGCACCGCCAUGCCGAGAGGCCCGCCACCAGGGCAGGUGCAGGGCGUUUUCCCACUGCCCCCCUAAAACCUCCCUCCCGGGCUUUUCCUCUGCUACUCUGUUGAGGGUAGAGAAAAAUAAUGUGAGGUUUUGUGUGGGUUCCUCCCAGUCUCCACUUCCUAAAGAUACUGCUCUGUUUUCUAACCUACCAUCCCCUCUUGGUAAAGCCCUUUGGAAGUGGGGUGCAGCAGGGGCAGACUGCGUUGAAUAUUUAGAGCAACACCUCCAAGAAAUGAUAAAUGAUAUUAUUUCCUGCCCCUCAGAAGUCCCCUCAAUAGUCCCAGUCUUUCCUUCAUUUCCCCUUAUACUCUAACUUGAAAGGCUGAGGACUGUAGAGCUAAGGUAAACCACUGAAGUUUAAUUGGCUUCUGGGAGACCCCUAGGAACUGGGCUGCUGGCCCCAAGGCCUGGUCAGUAGAGACCCUACCUCCAUAGGCACAGGGGUUGGGGAGCCUCAGUUCUGAAUUUCCAUAUGACAACUGCUGUUACCAACCCUGAAACAUAAAGGCCAAGAUCCAGCCAUAUUUUAAUGGACCCCAGAGGCAUCUUGAAGGCAUUUCCCAAGCGGAAGAAAAUUCAUGCCAGUUCAUCAUCAAAAGCACUUGCAAAGAUUCCCAAGAGAGAAGAGGGAGAAAAAGAAGGAGAGUGGCUGAGCUCCCUUCGGGCCCAUGUUGUGCCCACUGGCAUUGGACGAGCUCGAGCAGAACUCUUUGAGAAGCAGAUUGUCCAGCAUGGUGGCCAGAUAUGUCCUGUGCAGGCCCCAGGUGUCACUCACAUUGUGGUGGAUGAAGGCAUGGACUAUGAGCGGGCCCUUCGCCUCCUUAGACUGCCCCAGCUGCCCCUGGGUGCUCAGCUGGUGAAGUCAGCCUGGCUGAGCUUGUGCCUACAAGAGAGAAGGCUGGUGGAUGUAGCUGGAUUCAGCAUCUCCGUCCCCAACAGGUAUUUGGAUCAACCACAGCCCAGCAAGGCAGACCAACAUUCUUCUACUCAUCCUGGUGCCCAUGAGGCUCUGCUUAGGACAGCUGUUUCUCCUCCUUCUCGCACUAGACCUGUAUCUCCUCCCCAAAAGGCAGAAGAGGCACCAAGCACCCAAGCCCAGCCCAUCUCUGAUGAUGAAACCAGUGAUGGGGAAGAAACCCGGGUCAGCACAGCUGAUCUGGAAGCGCUAAUCAGUGGCUACUACCCCAGCCCCCUUGAGGGAGAUUGUGAGCCUAGCCCAGCACCUGGGCCACUCGAUAAGUGGGUCUGUGCACAGCCCUCAAGCCAGAAGGCCAACAACCACAACCUCCACAUCACAGAGAAGCUGGAAGUGCUGGCCAAAGCCUACACUGUUCAGGGAGACAAGUGGAGGGCUCUGGGCUAUGCCAAAGCCAUCAAUGCUCUCAAGAGCUUCCACAAGCCUGUAACCUCCUACCAGGAGGCCUGCAGCAUCCCUGGGAUUGGGAAGCGGAUGGCCGAGAAGAUCAUAGAGAUUCUGGAAAGCGGACAUCUGCGAAAGCUGGACCACAUCAGCGAAAGCGUGCCUGUCUUGGAGCUCUUUUCCAACAUCUGGGGAGCUGGGACCAAGACUGCCCUGAUGUGGUACCAUCAGGGCUUCCGAAGCCUGGAAGAUAUCCGGAACCAGGCCUCCCUGACUACCCAGCAGGCCAUUGGCUUGAAGCAUUACGAUGAUUUCCUAGAACGCAUGCCCAGGGAAGAGGCUGCAGAGAUCGAGCAGACAGUCCGGGAAGCAGCGCAGACCUUCAACCCUGGGCUGCUGUGUGUGGCCUGUGGUUCAUACCGACGGGGGAAGGUGACCUGCGGUGAUGUGGAUGUGCUCAUCACUCACCCUGAUGGCUGGUCCCACCAGGGCAUCUUCAGUCGCCUCCUUGACAGCCUGCGGCAGCGAGGAUUCCUCACAGAUGACUUGGUGAGCCACGAGGAGAACGGCCAGCAGCAGAAGUAUCUGGGUGUGUGCCAGCUCCCAGGGCCAGGGCGGCGGCACCGGCGACUGGACAUCAUCAUUGUGCCCUACAGUGAAUUUGCCUGUGCCUUGCUCUACUUCACCGGCUCUGCCCACUUCAAUCGGUCCAUGCGAGCCCUGGCCAAGACCAAGGGCAUGAGCUUGUCGGAACAUGCCCUCAGUACAGGUGUUGUCCGGAACACCCAAGGCGUCAAGGUGGGGCUUGGCCAAGUGCUACCCACCCCCACGGAGAAGGAUGUCUUCAGGCUCUUGGGCCUGCCCUACCGAAAACCAGCCGAGCGGGACUGGUGACCGAGCCUGUCUGGGCGGGGGAGCUGAGCUGGACUGGCUGCCCCACCUGGCCAGACAGCAUUCCCCUGCAGCCUCAGCUGGCUGAACCUCUCUACUUCAACCACCAGCUGUCCUCAGCGAGCCCGAGCCCAGGGCUCUGGGCCUGGGGGAAAGCCAGCCUGGCUCCCAGGGUCUGCCUAGCCCUCUCCCAGGCAGGAGCAGGCUGCUGUCCCUUCUGCCUCACCACUGCCCCUGGGAGAGUUUUGCAAAUGGCCCCUUGCCCCAUUUUUAGAAGGAACAGGUGGCUGAUUUGAAGCCCCCAGGCAUCCCCCUUCCCCACCCUAGGAAAGGUCUGGCUGCUGGGGUGGGCUAGGAGCUGCAGGGGAGAGGCAAGCAGCUGUGCUCCCAGCAUCAUCCAUGACCCGCUGGAGUAGGAGAACGAGCCAUUCCCCACGUAUUCCCUCUACCCGCCCCGCUUGCUGUGCAGCUGGCCGUGCUGGGAAAGGGGCGCCCCAGGCUGGGUGAGGAUAGCAUUUGAAGGCCCAGGGGCCCAGUAAAGUGCAUUUGACAUUCAACCUGCCUGGUGUGUGAGAUGCUGCAGCCCCACCUGCUUUCUUCCACCCUGGCAGGGACGGAGAUGGGGGCCGAAUAGAGGAACCCAGAAAGGCUGCAUUAGCUGCCCUCUAGAUAGACCUGGCCUGAGUCAGCUUCUGAACUCAGGAUGGGGCAGGGAAGAUAUUAAAAAGGGAGAGUCAUGGAAUCAGACACUAGGAGCUCCUCUCUUUCUACCCAUGAGCAUCUCUUGUGGGCCCUGCUCUGGGCCAGGCUGUCAGGGGACAUAAAAGUGACAAGGCUCAUGGGAAAUGAUUAGUAACAACUAAAUGGUGACCUGUGUACUACUGAUGGGAGCAGGGUGGUCAGGGAAGGCUGGCUGGAGGAGGGGAGGAGCAGGCUGGCUGGGCAGGUGUAAGUGUUGCAGAGCUGAACCUGGUUCCUGGGCAGGCUUUCAGCCUAGUCCCCAUCCUGCCAAGAAGGGAGACUGAAUUUCAGAGCCCUGGGGGGAACUGGGGUCCUGUCCAGCUACUGAGCACCCACAAACCUACCACCCAGUCACCGCCUGGUUCUGAGUGGGAAGAAAGGGGUUCCCACACGCCUGCUUCCUGCCCCAGCCCAGUCCUCAGCACUCUACCCUGAGCCAUGGUUGUCCUUGGAUAGACCAUAUGUGUAGCAGGCAGAAUAAUUGUCCCCCCAAAAUGUCCAUGUCCUAGUCCCUGGAACCUGUGAAUAUAGUCCCUUAGUUAGCUAAAGGCACUUUGUGGAUGUGAUUAAGGUUAAGCAUUUUGAGAUGAGGUGAUUAUCUUGAGUAAUCCAGUGGGCACAAUGUAAAGAUGAGUUCUUAAAA